CGAGAGUGUAGCCGAGAGUCCAGGGACGUCGAUUCGUCAUCGCGCUCAAGAACUGGACAUUAAAACGGCCACUCUAUAGCGUAUUCUAACGAAAGAUAUACUCCUGCAUGCCUACAAAGUCCAACUGUUGCAACAGCUUAUGCCAACAGAACAUGCGCAGCGAAGAGAGUUCAGCAAUUGGAUGCUUGGCCAGCAGGAUGUGAAUGGUGCUUUUGUAGACAUCAUUUUUAGCGAUGAGGCCUAUUUUCAACUCGAUGGUUUCGUCAAGCAAAACUGCCGCAUUUGGGGCACGGAGAAUCCAAGAGUAAUGCAUGCGAGAGCUAUGCAUCCAAAACUUGGCAAUGUUUGGUGUGCACUAUGGUCUGGAGGAAUUAAUGGACCGUUUUUCUUUGAGGACGAGGCAGCAUGUUGCCAUAUACCAUACUGUUCGUGAAACAUUGACAGUUUUGCACGAGUUUGCUCCUGGUCUAGUCAUCUCCCGGUUUGGUGACCAGAAUUGGCCGCCACGCUCUUGC